UAAUAAUAAUAAUAAUAAUAAUAUAUUGUAGAUGGAAAUAUUUAAAAAAAUAUAAAGUACGCUAAUUACUAGUUGAACAUGUGAUAUACCUAUAGUAUUCUCAGUACGUUUAAUCGUUAAUAUUUGAUAUAGUAAUUAAUUAUGACUUGUUUAAGAUGGUACCAUAAGUAUUACUAUGUAACAUUAAUGAGUGUUUUUUGUGUUUUAUGUUUUAAUAUUUAUUUAGUACUAUAUUUUUCCAAAGAGGAUAAACCUGAUGAGACACCCGCUGUUAAUUAUAGCGCAACAUAUUAUGCAACACAAAAUAUCUUAAAUUCAUUAAAUAAACUCGAUGAUGAUUUUGAUGUACCAAUGUCAACUAGUCAAUCAAAAGUUUUAAAAGACAUUAAUGUGCUUAUUAGUAAUAUCCAGAUGAAGAUUACUGGCAAAAUAGAUAUAUUUACAGCUACCGUGAAAGCCAUGAAUGAAAAUGGGCUUAUGCCAAUUUAUGGGACACCGUUUUUGGGCACUACUAUAAAGUUGAUGAAAACUUCGAGAAUAGUGAAAACAAUCAACGCUAUAAAGGGAACCCAACUUAAGUUAAUGUUGACUUUUGAAAACAAACAGGAAGUCCUAUUUAAACCGAAAUGGUAUUUAGAAUCCGACACUAUUGAAGGGUCAGUUUAUGCUGGUAAGGAUCGUUACAACGGUGAAAUUAUAGCAUUUUACAUUUCUCUUAUUCUUGGACUACCUCGAGUUCCUAUUACUGUGAAACGAAUUUUAGAUUCUACAGAAAUUAAAGAAACUGCUAGUUUGGGAUUGAAAAAAACUAUGUACAUUAAUUCUACAACCAAUGAAACUUGUUUGUACGGUAAAUGUUAUUACUGUAAAAAAGAAGAUCCUGUCUGCACUAAAAGUGGAAGACUUGAAGGGGCAGCUAUGUUAUAUCUUCCGUCCAAUUUAAAACCACGUGCACAAUUACACCCUUGGAGGCGAACAUAUAAAGAAAACAAACUAGCAAGAUGGGAAAAAGACAACAAUUACUGUAAAGAUGUAUUAGCUAAAUACGGCUUUGAGAGGGUUUUAGAUUUUGUAGAAAUUUGUGUUUUUGAUUUUAUAAUUGGAAAUGGAGAUCGCCAUCGAUAUGAAGUUGUUGAACAACUUAACAAUACCAUUUUGCUCAUUGAUAAUGGAAAAAGUUUUGGAAAUCCAUUUAAAGAUCAUCUAGAUAUUUUAGCUCCACUCUAUCAAUGUUGCAUAAUACGUUUAAAGUUAUGGGAAAGACUGAAGUCUAUUAAAGGAGGAAGUUUCACACACAUAUUGCAAAAAAUGUUGGAUAUACAUGAAUCCGUAUCUUUGUUAACUCUACCACAAUACCAUGCUUUAGAAAGAAGAUUACGAAUUGUAUACGCUACUGUAACUAUGUGUCAAAAAACCUUCAACGAAACAGUAUUUAAGUAAUUAAAUACUCAUCGGUAAAAACAUUUACGUACAUUUCUUGUUUUUGACAAUUUGAGUUCGCCGUCUGUGAUUCAGUAUUGAAUUGUACGAGGCGGAUAGACCUAGAAAAGUUAAACCCACAAAUACAUAAUUUCAAAAGUAAACUAAUUAUAAUUUUUUUAAAUUAAUCUUGUUUUAAAAAAUUAAGCUUUGUUAGGUAUUUCAUCAUUUUUUUUUAAUGUUAGGCCAGUUGGGCUGUAAAAAAUUUAUUUAAAAAAUGUUUAAUGUAAUAAAACAAAAUACAAUCUUUUGAGGGUAAAGCUUUUCUGGCGCUAUACGCCUCGUACUUUAUAAUUCAAUCACUUUUUAUUUUAUAUUAAUUUUUAGGAAAAUUAUUAUCAUUCUAAAUAAUAUUGUGUUAUUAUGAUUAAUUAGUGAUAAUAAAAACCUAGAUAAGACAUGAUAUAUA